UUGUCUCCUUGUGUCUUUGUCUCCUUGUGUCUUUGUCUCCUUGUGUCUUUGUCUCUUUGUGUCUUUGUCUCCUUGUGUAUUUGUCUCCAUAACAGCUGGUGUCGAGGUGAAAGAAGCAUUGAGGCCGUCCGUUCAACUCCAAACAGCAAAGAAAGCCACCGACUUCUGUUGCCGUUGAUCUCGAUGAAAAGUUAGUUUUAAACUUAACAAACGGCGAAGCCCAGAGAAGGUUUCACCGGAUCGCUUCGGGAAGACAUCGGGUAAAAGGAUGCGCUAGCUAAAUAAAUCUGAAGUUGGUCGAUGAACCAGCUGCUCAACCCCUCUGAUACUCAGUUAGGUUUAGGAAAAAAAAUGUAAAUACUUAGUUAGGUUUUGGAAAAGAUUGUAAAAUACUUUUUAGUUAUAAGUACUUUCACACAAAGCACUUUUUUUCCAAAGGAAAGACGUUUUUUUUGCACCGCAAAUAGAGGCAUCAACCAAUCACGUUGUUUGAACACUAAAUUGCGCAACACUUUGUAAACUGAGGUGAGUGGGCAUCACAGGGAAGCAGGGCGUCGCUGUGGUUACCUGGCGUCGCUCCGUAAACAUUCCCCAAAUUAAUAAAGUUUAAAAAAGCGUUGAGGAUUAAGUGGUUUCUACUCUGAUGCAACUCAGAUCUGCUCAGUCUAGACAUCAUCUGUGUCCUUCAUCCCUCCUCUCCCCUCCUUCCCUCUCUUAUUUAAAAACCUUCCUCUCUUUAUUACUUCCUACAGUCACUGCUUCUGUUUCCUGUCAUCAUGUCUUGCAGGUCGACGGCUCCGGCCGUCUCCUUCCUCCUCUUCCUCUUCCUCAGAGUUCAGAGCGUCCACUCGACUCACGCUCGGUCCGUCUCCUCUCUGUCGGGGUUCGAGCCUCCAGAGAUCGAUGGUUAUCCUGUGGACAUCUGCAGGAUUUUCGUUGUCCCCACACCAACACCAGCACCAGUACCAACACCAGCACCAGCACCAGUACCAGCACCAGUACCAGUACCAGUACCAGUACCAGCAACAACCACACCCACCACAACGACAGAAACAACCACACCCACCACCAAGAAGCUCGUGGCCACAACCAAAAAGCCAGCUGCACAGACGCCACGAAGGAAACCAGAAACCAAAAACACUGGAACACCAAUCAGGCCUCAGCCGGCUCCGGUGAGACCGAUCACCGACAGCCUCCUCCACUACCUCCUGGCCAACGGCAGAGGACGUCUCCCGGGGUUUAACAGCUUUAUCUCUCAGCCAAUGGGAGGGCGGCCUCACAAAGGUUACAGCUUGACAUCAGAUAGCGAUGAAUCAGAUAGCGACGAAUCAGGUGCAGCGCUGGUGAAAAGAGGGGGAAGGACCGCCGAGAACCGGUGGAAAAUAAGUUCGUUUUCUUCAGAGGACUCGAGUGACGAGUCUUAAACUUUUAGUUUCUUGACAGAUUAGCACACCUGUUGGUUUGUUAAUGGGUAUUCUAAAAAAAACCUGACUAGCACUAAUAUUUGUUGUCAAAAGUAAAUAUUGUGCAUUGAAAUAUAAAGAUUUGUGUAUGUUAGCUUACAGCUGUUAGCUUUGCUGCUCCCAUUAAUCAAAACAACCAAUCUUCAUCUUUACUUUUAAAAGCCGUAUGAAUAAUCUGUUUGCUGCUUUUAAAAAGGUGUUGCGUAAUAAAACAAACCGGAAAACAUUUUGAUUAACUGUGAAUAAUAAAAAUGUAUUAUUUUAUUCUUGUCUUUACACCAUUAUUUGCUUGAACAUUUGACAAAUGACCUGGAAGGUUGCAGAACGUUGUGACCGUAUGGGUGCUUAUUCAUAGCAAUGUGAAGGUGGCGUUGCAUUAAAAUAAAGGUGUUUUAUGGUG